UCUUUUCCACGUUCCAAAUCCCGUACCCGUCCGAGCCUCUCCGCAGAAGGGAGGAGCUGCAGGUGACGCCAUCGCCUGGGACUGGCGGCGCGCGAGCUCCACGCGUCCGGUUACACAACGCUGUAGGCAGUGGGCACAGCGUGAGGCAGUGGUCAACCGAUGACGUCAUGCUUAGGAGCUGCGGCCCAUUCUGCGACUUGUGCACUGCAUCACUGACUUUGGGGGUUAGCCCCCGAGAAAACGGCGCAAACAGAUCUAAAGAUCCAGGGUCUCCUUGGAGUCGACAAGAUUCUCCUCAAAGUUCCCACCGCACUGAAGCUGAGUUCUUUAAAUUUGCAUAAGUGAACUGCAGCUUGCAGCCUCGAGCAGCCAAUAGAGGGUCUGGGACCUACUGCGAUGGGGGACAUGAAGACCCCUGAUUUUGAUGACCUCCUUGCUGCGUUUGACAUCCCUGACAUCGAUGCGAAUGAAGCCAUCCACUCUGGGCCAGAAGAUAGUGAGGAACCAGGAGCCCCAGGGAAGCCAGAGCCCAGAGUGGCAGGAGAAUCUGAAGGUGCAGCAGCAGCCGGGGAUGACCCUCAGGUUCCAGCCCAGGCCUCUGACCAUGGCCUGCCACUGCCAGACAUUUCCACAGUCAGCGUCAUUGUCAAGAACACUGUGUGUCCUGAGCAGUCUGAGGCCCUGGCAGGUGCUACAGGAGGGGAAGCAGCUCGGGCUAGGGGAGUUACUAAGGAAGGAACUUCAGGGGCUUCUCUGAUGCAGAAUGGAUUUGGGGUCUCCGAGUCAUCCCUUUCAGGAACUCCCCACUCCCCAGGUCCUCCCAGCACAGGUACCUGGAAGGAAAAAGCUAUGGAAGGCAAAGCCCCCUUGGGCAUUUUUGCUCAUUUUGGGCCUGAGCCAGGAGAGCACUCAGAUCCUCUACCUCCUGUUGCGCCCUCCCCACCUCAUGGGGGGGCAGUGACCCCCCCACCUUUCCCCUCACCCUUUGAGCUGGCCCCAGAGAAUGGCCCAGUGCUGCUGCCACUGAGCUCCUCCUCAUGCCCUGGAGCCUUGAAGCAAGAAAGCUGCAGUCCUCUUCAUCCUGAGGGCCAAGACCAGCGAGGCCCAUGCUCUAGUCCUGAGGUCACAGGUGUCCCUGCAGGUGCCUCACCUAUCCAGGUUGAUGGGGUACCCUUUUUCAAGCAGUCUCCGGGGCACCAGAGCCCUCUUGCCUCUCCUCAUUUGCCCAGUUGCAAACCCCUGAAGGAAGAAGAGGAGGACCCAGUUGUCAAGUGUCCUAGAAGUCCCCAGAGUCCUUCUAGUGGAGCUGAGGCUGCAGAUGAGGACAGCAAUGACUCCCUUGCCUCCUCUAGCUCCUCUCGGCCCCUCAAGGUGCGGAUCAAGACCAUUAAAACAUCCUGUGGAAAUAUCACGAGGACUGUAACCCGGGUCCCCUCUAACCCUGAUCCCCCUGCCCCCUUGACUGAGGGGGCCUUCCUGGCUGAGGCAAGCCUCCUGAAGCUGUCCCCUGCAGUCCCAGCCCCUGAGGGCCCAAAGUUGGUGAGUGUGCAGUUGGGCGAUGGCACAAGGCUGAAAGGUACAGUGCUACCUGUGGCCACCAUCCAGAACGCCAGCACUGCCAUGCUGAUGGCAGCAAGUGUUGCCCGAAAAGCUGUGGUUCUGCCUGGAGGAUCUGCCACCAGCCCUAAGAUGAUGGCUAAGAAUGUUCUAGGUCUGGUGCCCCAAACUCUGCCCAAAGCUGAGGGGUGUGGCGGACUGGGGACGGGAGGUCAGAAGCUGAAUGGUGCCUCAGUGGUGAUGGUGCAGCCUUCAAAGCCAGUUGCCAGCCUGGGCACAGCGAGUGGAACAGUGAUCUCACGGACCCAGUCCAGCCUAGUGGAGGCCUUCAACAAGAUCCUUAACAGCAAGAACCUGCUGCCUGCUUAUAGACCCAACCUGAGUCCACCUGCUGAGGCUGGGCUGGCUCUACCACCCACCGGCUACCGCUGCCUGGAGUGUGGGGAUGCCUUCUCGCUAGAAAAGAGUCUGGCCAGGCACUAUGACCGCCGGAGCAUGCGCAUUGAGGUCACUUGCAAUCACUGCGCCCGUCGUCUGGUCUUCUUUAACAAGUGCAGUCUGCUCUUGCAUGCACGGGAGCACAAGGACAAGGGGCUCGUCAUGCAGUGCUCACAUUUGGUCAUGAGGCCCGUAGCCCUUGACCAGAUGGUGGGGCAGCCAGACAUCACGCCUCUGCUGCCUGUGGCUGUGCCGUCUGCUCCUGGACCUCUCGUCUUGCCUGUCUUGGGCAAGGUUGAGGGAGCCAUUACCUCUGCCAUUACUGCAAUUGCCACGGAGGCCCCUGUGCUGCCACUGUCCACAGAUCCACCUGCUGUCCCUGCCACCUCUGCAUACACGUGCUUCCGCUGCCUGGAGUGCAAGCAGCAGUGCCGGGACAAGGCUGGCAUGGCAGCCCACUUCCAGCAGUCUGGUCCCUCGGCCCCAGGGUCCAACAGCAAUGUGUGUCCGUCCUGCCCCAUGAUGCUCCCCAAUCGAUGCAGCUUCAGUGCCCACCAGCGCACGCAUAAGAACCGAGCCCCUCACGUGUGCCCUGAAUGUGGAGGCAACUUUCUGCAAGCCAAUUUCCAGACCCACCUGCGGGAGGCCUGUCUGCAUUUUUCUCGUCGUGUGGGAUACAGGUGCCUCAUCUCCAUGCCUGGCAGAGCUCAAGGGUCUCAUGUCGGUGCCAGCCUUUUGAUGGCUUCUUGGGGAGAGCCUGGUCUUCCUGUGUUGCAGUCCUGUGUCAUUGGCAGAACUCGGCCUCUGCGGUGUCCCAGCUGUGCAGUGGUGUUUGGUGGUGUGAACUCCAUUAAGUCCCAUAUCCAGACAUCACACUGCGAAGUUUUCCAUAAGUGCCCCAUCUGCCCCAUGGCCUUCAAGUCUGCACCCAGCGCCCAUGCCCAUCUCUACUCUCAGCAUCCGACCUUCCUCACCCAGCAAGCCAAGCUAAUCUACAAGUGUGCCAUGUGUGACACAGUCUUCACUCACAAACCCCUCCUCUCCGCACACUUUGACCAGCACUUGCUGCCCCAGCGUGUCAGUGUCUUUAAGUGCCCAUCUUGUCCUCUGCUCUUUGCUCAAAAAAGGACCAUGCUGGAACAUCUCAAGAACACCCAUCAGUCUGGGCGCCUGGAGGAGGAGAGCCCUGGGAAAGGGGCAGGAGGUGCCCUUCUGACACCCAAGACUGAGCCUGAGGAGCUAGCUGUGUCUCACGGAGGGGCAGCCCCUGUGACUGAGGAGUCGUCUUCAUCCUCCGAAGAGGAGGAGCUGCCCAGUUCCCCUGAGCGCCGCCGGCGCCCAGCCAAACGGCCCCGGCGGGAACUGGGGAGCAAAGGCAUCAAGGGUGGGGGUGGUGGGCCUGGGGGCUGGACCUGUGGCCUUUGUCACUCCUGGUUCCCUGAGCGUGAUGAGUAUGUGGCUCACAUGAAGAAGGAGCAUGGCAAGUCAGUGAAGAAGUUCCCCUGUCGCCUUUGUGAGCGCUCCUUUUGCUCCGCCCCCAGCCUGAGACGCCAUGUCAGGGUCAAUCAUGAGGGCAUCAAGCGAGUGUACCCGUGCAGGUACUGCACAGAGGGAAAGCGUACCUUCAGCAGCCGCCUGAUCCUGGAGAAACACGUCCAGGUCCGGCAUGGCCUGCCACUUGGGGCCCAGUCCCCUGGCAGAGGGAGCACCCUGGCUCGGGGGCCUGGUACUAGAGCCCAGGGGCCAGGACGAAAACGCCGCCAGUCUUCUGAUUCAUGCAGUGAGGAACCUGACAGCACCACACCACCAGCAAAACCCCUUAGAGGUGGCCCUGGGUCAGGAGGCCACGGUCCCUUGCGCUAUCGCAGUGGCUUGGCCGAUCAGAGCCUCAUAGGGUUAAGGGUGGAUGGUGGUACCCAGCAGUGCCUCGACUGUGGCUUGUGCUUUGCCUCUCCUGGCUCUUUGAGCCGGCACAGAUUCAUUAGCCAUAAGAAGAGACGCGGUGGGGGGCGAUCCAGUGCCCUGGGGCUGGGGGUUGGGGAGGAAGAGUCCCCUUCUCUGUCUGGGGCUGACCCAGAGGGUGCUGAUUGUCCCUUGCCCACUUCUGGAGGCCCACUGACCUGCAAAGUCUGUGGGAAGAGCUGUGACAGCCCUCUCAACCUCAAGACCCACUUCCGAACACAUGGCAUGGCGUUCAUCAGGGCUCGGCAGGGGGGCAGUGGGGACAACUAGGCCCUGGGCCUGACCAGCUCGACCUCCCUGGGAGCCUUGUUUCACUGCUGCUGCUGGCUUGUCCCUAGAUUGGGGGUGUCACAACACUUUGUGUUCAGUCCCUCUCCCAAACCUGAAGGAAAAGCUUUUGAGGAUCCCAGCAGUUUGCAGUUCUCCUUUGGGUUUGGCCCUUGGUCCUGGCUGAUUGGGCCCUCUAUUCCUGCUCGCAGAACCCAACACUAAUCAUGCUACUGCUGCAGACCCCCAGUGUGCAACUCAGGUGGGAGGAUAGGACUGCAACAAUCUCCACCCUUUAUUCAGGCAGACAUGUUCUUCUGGGCUGGGCCCUGCCCUACCACCCUGUACUCCCUGGCACUCAAGCCCCUCAUCCUGCAGUGCCUUUCACUUGUUUUCUUUUUCCCCAGAAAUCCGGGGGUGGGGGGGUUGGUGGGGAUGAGUCCUGUCAAGGGAGCCCAGACAGAAGAGGGGACAGGCUCUCAGGAAUCCUUUAUUCUUACAGUAAUAAUACUAACUGGGAGAAAACCAGACCAUUAAAACUGCUCAUGGUUUAAUCCCUA